AUGAUGAUGAAGAUCAGUAGCAGCGCUACUACUAGUAGUAGUAGUAACGCUCGUAUGACUUUUUCCUUUCCCAAGAUGAUUGUGAAAUCUCUGUUUUUCGCGUUGGUGCUUACUAGCUCCAGUAUGAAGAACAGCAACAACCCUUCCAAUCCUCUCUUGGUCUUUGCCAUUGGUACUGUUACUACUACUAGUAGUAACACCAGUGGCAGCGCCGGUGCCAGUGUGACCUACACCACGUCCUCCAACUCUUCCUUUUUCGGAACUCCCAAAAGAAAGAAGAAAACGGGAAUCGCAGGAUUUCUCGAUUACGCGGAAGACGAAGUGGAGGAAAAGACACUCUGGUUCUACCGCUACUUUGGAAAAAAGGUCAAACACUCCCGCAUUGCCGGUGCCAUUGGUCCUGAUGCUCAUUGCGAUUACGACGAUCCCGUCAAAAUCAAGUACUGUCCUCCCAUUGGAAAUCCACCCUACAACAACAACAACAACAAAUACAAAAAAUACAAAAAAAAUACAAAAAAUACCCCCAAUCCCAAUCAAAAUCAAAACCACAACCCCAACCUCCCUCCCCCUGAUGACACGGUCGAUUUGGGCGGCUUGACUCCAGCCGACCUCGUCAAGUGUCUCGAUGAACCCGAUGAUCCUGAUUGUCUCAGAAUCCUUCAAGGUGACUCCAUCACUUCCUCUUCCAAGGGAUCAGUUUCGCCACGUGAAUCUCGUCUGGCUGCUCCCUCGGCCCCCAAAUCACCCACCAUCGACACCCCCACCAUCGACACCCCCACUGCACCCAAAUCUGACCUCAAAGCUCCAAACGCAUUUGAUGCCACUGGAAAAGUUCCUCCUCGUGAUUCGGCCAAGGCUCCCACUGCUCCGGAUGAUACACCAAAGGCUCCCGCAGCUUUUGAUGCUACCGGAAAAGUGCCUCCCCGUGAUUCUGCUCCCUCUGCACCUGCUGCUCCCACGGCCGAAACAUACAGUGGUGGUGCUACCGGAAAAGUCUCUCGUGAUAGACCCCCUUCUGCUCCUGCUGCUCCCACGACCGAAGCGUUUGAUGCCAAGGGAAAAGUCUCUCGCCCUUCUGCCCCUGCCGUUCCCACCAUUGACACGCCAAAGGCUCCUGCGGCAUUCGAUGCUACUGGAAAGGUUCCUCCCCGUCCUUCGGCUCCCUCUGCUCCCGCUCAGGCACCUCUCGCCUAUGACGCAGCUGCAAGAGGAAAAGUCUCCCGUGAUUCCGCUCCCGCUGCUCCUGCCGUUCCCACGGUAGGAACGUUCGAUGCCAACGGAAAAGUCUCUCGUGAUUCCGCUCCCGCUGCUCCCACUGCCGAAACAUACAGUGGUGGUGCCGGGGCUCGUGUCGAAAGGCCUCUUGCUUUUGGUGGUUCUUCGGGAGGAGCCAUUCCAGAAUCGUCCUCCGGUGCUGGUGCGCGUGUUCCAGGAAGGCCAGGAGCCAUUCCUCUCAGUUUGGGGGCGAAUGGUAGAGCUGAACGUCCUGGAGCUGGAGUUUCUGCUGGAGGAGCCAAUGGACUUCAAGGUGGAUCCGCGCUUCGAGCUCAGGCAGGAGCCCUUGCCGGUGCCAAUUUCGUUACCACCAUGCCCACUGGAACUUCUGAUUUCUUGGCUACACAGGAACCUACCAGGGACGAUUGUUAUGGUAAUAUGCUUGACGGUCGGUUCUGUACUUCCGAGCAGCCGACCAUCUCUGAAGAACCCACCAUGGUGAUGGAACCGACACGCGAAAUCCCACCUGGAAACACUGGAUUCACUGAAGAAACUGAAGAACCCUUGACAUUUUUCAAUAUUGCCGAAACUGGAAUUUGUAAAAUUGAUAUGUUCCCCGUCGAUACGUCGCCCACGCCACAAUUUGGUAAUCCCAUUGACCUGGUCAGCACCGAUAAAGACGCAGGAACCAUCACCUUUACUUUCUCACAGACAUGGACCAAGACUCCCAUCGACUACAUUCACACUGUCUACAUUACUGGAGAAGAGCGUGUCUGUGAUCGCAAGGAAAGAGUCACCUAUGGAAAAACCAAGCAAGAGUUUGAAGCCCUUUGUGAUCCUGUUACCAUGGUCGCCUAUGUCUUGAUGAUUGUCGCUGAUUCCUCUUUCGAAGAACAUGACUCGGUGCCUUUACCUGCUGAGUGUGACCACUUUGGAGAUAUUCACACCGAACGCAAGUACGGAUACUCAUUCCAGCUUCCUUGUGACUGCGAAGAAGGAGACGUCGUUGUCGAUUCUACCGAUCUCGCCUUUCAGGGAAACAUCACUCUUGUUCGCAAUGAUUCAGAUGUUCAGUUCUUUGAUGGCGAAGCCUUUGUCGACAGACCCAAGGACAACGAAACUUCCUCGGAAGAUGAGCAUGCGGAUAGCGUCUCUGGUGCUGCCCAAAUUGCUCGUCGUCCUCCUCAGCUCAACUUUGGAAAUAUUGGCUCAGUGACUCGUGAUAGUUUUCCCAUUCCUGCAGAAGAGUUUGGCGGAGAAGCUCGGGUUACCAGGCCUCCCCUCCCCCCUGCUGCUUCCUCCAAAGCCCAAGGCGGCGGCAGUCUCACACGGGCUCCUUCCGACACCUCAACUCCUUCUGUCGCUGUCAGCUCGGAAGGAUCUGUCGCUAGGAACACGGGGGCUCCUUCUUCCAGUGCCAGUGGCAGUGGCAGCCUUCCUAGGGAAACUCAAGGACCAAGCUCCACAAGUAGCUUCAAUGGAGGAGGCAAGGUUGCCAGGGAGCCUUCUACUACUUCCCCUACGAUUGGCACUAUGCCUCCUUCUGUGGGAGUUUCGAAUCAAGGAAAAGUCUCCCGCGGGGUUGAUACGGCAUCUCCUUCUAUCGGAGUUUCGAAUCAAGGAAAAGUAUCUCGUGGUUCGGAUACGGCCUCUCCUUCUGUGGAAGUUUCGAAUCAAGGAAAAGUCUCUCGUGGUACAAAUACUGCCUCUCCUUCUGUCGAAGUUUCGGAGAAAGGAAAAGUCUCUCGUGGUCCUAGUCCAGAUACGGCAUCUCCUUCUAUUGGAGUUUCGAAUCAAGGAAAAGUCUCUCGUGGUUCUGAAUACGGCCUCUCCUUCUGUCGAUGUUUCGAAUCAAGGAAAAGUCCCUCGUGGUUCGGAUACGGCCUCUCCUUCUGUGACGUUUCGAAUCAAGGAAAAGUCUCUCGUGUUUCUGAGAAAGGAAAAGUCCCUCGUGGUUCCGAUACUGUCUCUCCUUCUGUCGAAGUUUCCGAGAAAGGAAAAGUCUCUCGUGGUACAAAUACUGCCUCUCCAUCUGUCGAAGUCUCGGAGAAAGGAAAAGUCCCCCGUGGCUUCGAAACAACAAGCCCUACGAUCAGCACCAACCCGGUGUCUGCUCCAGCUGCUGUGUCCAGGCCUCCUAGCACCACUGACAGCCCCACAAGUGUCCCUCUUACAAACCCCAAAUUUCCCACCCCUCCAGGCAAGCCCACUCCUGAGACUAAUAGCCCUACCAGUGUAACUACCCCCAAAGAGUCUGGUCCACCUUCUGUACCGAGGCCUCCAAUCACAACGGGUCCACCACAAGGCACAGUGGAACCCUCACCAGGAGUAUCUUCACCUGCUGCUGUGUCUAGGCCCCCAAUUACAUCAAGCCCUUCCGCAGAAACCACUACUUCUCCUGCUUUGGCCACUGCAAGCCCUUCAUAUAUGUGUGAACCUGAAGUUUUGCUGGAUAUUGAAAGUUUUGAGGAUGCUGCUUCUGAGGAGACUUGGUCUUCAGGAUCUCUCUUUACCUUAAGUGAUGGUGGUAUGGAAACUCAAGUUUUGGGACUGAUUGGAAAAGGGAACAGUGAGAUGUCAAAAAUAUUGUCAAUCCCACCGGUAGCUGGUGGAUCAGAACCAACAACAGAAGCAAAGGGAGUCACAAUUGAGUUUUCCCUAUACCAGCUGGACAAGUGGACUCCAAAUGACAAGAUGUAUGCUGUUGUCAAUGGAGUUGAAGUUGACCUUGGAGAUAUGGAGGAAUCCGGUAGCAGUGAGCCCAUCUCGAACAUUCAGAAUGGAAUCACAGUGAACAGGUCCACCCCUACUCAAGGAGCCUUUAUCAAUGGUGGAACUGAUGUUGACAAAAAGCAUUCAGUCACUCUCUCCUUACCAGCCGGCUUGAUUCAAAGCAACACAGUUUCUCUCACUUUUAGAGCUGACACUUCGAAGCCAAUGGACCAAGAGAGUGCUGCAAUUGAUGAUUUGCGAGUGACAGGCUUGUACGAAUGUGAGAAAACAACAGUCCCAUCGUCUGGAGCCACUCCAAGCACAGCCGGACCAUCUGUGGAAACCGGGACUUUGAGCCCUACCACAGUCUCAUCAACGGCAAACACCGGAAGUGUAACUCCCAGACCCACACCCAGCAAGGUUGGUACUCCAGGACCCACACCCAGCUCUUCUGAAGCCACUCCAGUUCCAUCUGGCGAAGGCAGCACUGAGGGUAGCGUUCCACCCAGACCCACCCCGGGCAAAGUUGGCACCCCUGGGCCAACACCCAGUUCUUCUGAAGGCACUCCAGUUCCAUCAGGGGAAGCCAGCACCGAGGGGAGCGUUCCACCCAGACCCACCCCGGGCAAGGUUGGUACUCCAGGGCCCACACCCAGCUCCUCUGAAGGCACUCCAGUUCCAUCUGGUGAAGGCAGCACUGAGGGAAGUGUUCCUCCCAGACCCACCCCUGGCAAGUUGGAACCCCAGGGCCAACACCCAGCUCCUCUGAAGCCACUCCAGUUCCAUCUGGUGAAGGCAGCACUGAGGGAAGUGUUCCACCCAGACCCACCCCUGGCAAGGUUGGCACCCCUGGGCCAACACCCAGUUCUUCUGAAGGCACUCCAGUUCCAUCUGUUGGUUCAACCCCAACCACGGCUGGACCCACCGAAGAAGGCAGCACUCUGA